AUGUCGAAUCGUGGGCCCCCUCUUCCGCUGGACAUUUCGGCAGCGAAAAGUUGGAUCCCUGAUGCACCUGACCAUUUCGCUCGAAGGAUUGAGCCAGUUUCCCCGAAUCUACGCAAAAGCAGAAAAAAUGUAACUCCUGAGUCUUCAAUCAAAUGGGAUCAACAUACAAGCCCUGUAGCAGCAAAGGAAGCUGUUUUGGAAGCUGUCGGUGAUGAUAAGAGCAAUUCGGUGACACGAGCAGCUAAAAUACCCGAAAUCAAGGAUAACAACGAAGCGCCAGUGGACGGCGAUGUUUUCACCAUCGGUGAGCAAAGCCCUAGGAUUGAAGCCAAGGAUAUUUCUCCGUGUGUCUCAGAUUUCGGCGUGGAGGCGGCAGAUGGCGGCGAACGGCGCUCAGCCUUUGAUGAACUUUCAGGUGCCAACUUCUGGAAUGAUAGCGACUCUGGGAGUGAACGCAAUGCACUCGUCUGCGGAAACGACACUGAAGCUGAUGCUGUGUACGCGAGCAAGUCUAUGGCAAGUGAUUCUGUCGAUGACUUUACGGGUGAUAGCGGAUGUGAUGUUGCAAAUUUUAUGGUCGAGUCUAUCACCGCACGCAAUAAAGACCAGUACCAGAGCCGAGAGCCAAAUACUACCCAUGGAGAUUGUCGGGAAUGUAUGAAUAUGAAAGAGGAGAUUAUCCAAGAACGUGUACUCAUGGAGGAAGAAAUGUUUCAACAACGCAUGCUCAUGGAAGAGCGAAUCGAACGAGAGCGCACACAUAUGGAAGAGCAGAUCGAACAAGAACGCGUACAUAUGGAAGAGCAAAUGGCCCAAAAACGCACAGAGAUGGAAGAGCAAAUCGAUCAAGAACGCAUACGCAUGGGAGAGAAAUUGGCUUCCCUUGAAAAGACAAUAGCAGAAUUAGAGACCCAGAGCAUAGCGCUCACGGAUAAAGCAGCAGCCUAUGCUGAUGCUUGCAUGAAUACUGAAACGCACGAAGGGCAAGAGGCUGACAUGAAUAGCCCUGCAUCACUGCCAUCGCCAUCUCAGUUGGGGUUAUCACCAGCAACUUCCCAUCCCACGCCGACACUCGUAGCCCGGAUUCUUGGGGCUUGCCUUGCUCUCUCCUAUGAGUGUCAGUCGACAUCACCAAUGCAGAUACCAUACUUGUUCACAGAGUUCAUAAAGAGAAGCAUCUCCUAG